UUCUUAUACUAGAGUUGAGUGAAUUGUCGGGUGUAUUGAUUCUGUGAAGUGAUUUGGUGAUGACGUUGUCGGAGUUACUCGGCCGAUCUAGAAAGAAAUUACUCAUGUCUUAGGUGAGUAUCACCAGAGGCGUUGCCGAGAGGCAAGAUACACGUGGGGAGCCCAAGUCGGACAAAUUUCCUUUCUUUGUUCCUGUUCAAGUGGUAAAGCCUUCUAAGGACCACAAUAACCUGCAAGUUGUUCCUGAGUCGAUUAACCUCCUACGAUCCGCAUCACAACGUCGUCCUAUUUCCGUGAUAUCGGUCGUUGGCCCCUACCAUUCUGGCAAGAGCUUUCUCUUGAAUUCCCUCCUCCAGAAGCCGUCCACGUUCUCCGUUGGUCCUAAGACCUCCCCGCAGACCCUAGGAAUUUGGAUGUGCCGUACCGACCUAAGUGCACCGGACGGAUCGGAGAUAUGGCUUAUGGAUUCUGAAGGGUUCUUCGGACCUCAGGUCACUGAGACCUACGAUGCUAAGAUUUUCACAGUCGCCACCCUCCUAGGCAGUCACCUAGUCUACAACACGGUUAAGGUCAUCGAUCAACAAGCGGUGAAUCUUCUAGAAAUGUUGGCUCGUCGAGCUCAACUCUUCCGAGUGCGUUCUUUGGCGCCGUCGGUAGCAGCAGCAGAGGAGGAAGGGGUUGAGAGCAUCGCUGAGGCGUCGGGUGAUAUCCCAGUAUUCCUAUCGGCGAAGAGCUUUCCUCCUCUCACUUGGGUGGUUGAAGACUUCGUACAGGACAUGGCCGCAUCACAAGGUGGUGGGGCCUCAGCCAUGGCUAAUGAGUCGGCGAUCGCGACGGAGUGGCUCAAAUCGUACUUGACCGAGGAUAGCGAGCGCUUCGAGGACUCUGAUGAUUCGUACGAGGAGUCGGACCGUGCCUAUCUAGCGCGCCUUUUCCCCUCCCUCACUGUCCACACACUCUUCUUGCCAGCUACUAGCAAGUCGCAGUUGAAGGAUCUCAGCCAACUCAGCUGGCUUGAGCUCACUGACGAGUUCCGUAAUGAGGUCACAGCCUUGCGUGGAGAACUCUUCACAACGGUUCGAUCUAAGGAGCUCUACGAUGGAUCGUCCGAGGACGACGUUCUCUCUUCUCCUGAGGAUGGUAUGAUGACAGCUGAGGGAUUCGCAAGUGCUUUGAACUUCAUUGUGAAGGCCUUGCAGAAAGGUUUUUUCCCUGAGUUACCGUCUCUCUGGGCAUCGUGGAGAGCUCAGGUUGGAGAAGUGUCGCUGAAGGACUCAUAUGACUUGUUCGAGACAACACUGAGUGAGGGUGUAUCUCCUCGUCCUACAGGAGAGGCUGUGACGGCUGCUGACUUCGACAGGGCCUCGAGGGAUGCCCGGGAUAAGGCAGUUGAAUUUUACACCAACUUGGUUGCUGAUUUUGGCCUUCCGACGCGAAAUGGAGAUCUCGAAACGAAAAUGCGCACCUCGCAGAGGAAAGCGCACGCCUUGUGGUUGGAACAAGUUCAGAAUUAUGUCACGCGAAUUCGAUCCGAUCUGAUAUCGGACAUAGAGCAGAAGCUCUUCAAUGUGUCGCUGCCAUGCGAGCCGGACUCUCUGGAGCAGACUGGCAAAGAGGCGACUAGUGUCGAGGUUGCCAAGUACAAGGAGAUUUUGAAGGAGUACGAACAGCAGCCCCCACAGAAGAGGUUACUCUCCAGCGACUGGAUGGUCGGUCAGCUGCCGAAGUUUGAGGAGGAUCCGGUCCAAGAGUUGGUGAAAAGUGCGGAUGCACUGUUGGUACGUUUCAAAUACGAGAACGACAGGGCGAUCUCGAAUUUGAUCCGAGUGGCUCUGGAGUCAAGUAUUAACGCCUGUGACGCCGCUGUUGACGAGGCCAAUACUAAGUUGGUCGGAGAUGCGGUCCUGCAGGAUUGGGCCAAGGGUGUCAUGGCUGAGACCACCGACUCGUUCACCAAGAAAUGCACUAGAGAGUAUCCUUGGAUUGCCUCCCAGCCUGAGUUCCGUUCGAAUAAGGCUCUGUUGAUACAGGAGGUUAAGGAUCGUAUCGAUACUUGCACAUCUAGACAUGCAGUACGGCUCGCUGAGCACUUGAGGCAGGAGGUAGAGAUUUUGAUGGGAGAAUACAGAGCUGAGAAGAGGAAGCUCGAGAUGACUGCCUUGCCGGCUGAUGAGGCUGUUCUUAGAAGGGAGCACACGGCUAUCACUCAGGAUGUGUUGGACAGAUUCGACAGUGAUGAGGAAACGGUCGCCGACUCUGCCGCAUAUAAGGACUUCCGUUCGCAGUUGGACCGCAACAUGGGGGCUGAGUGGGACAGGUUGCGGAAGAAGAACAUCGAGCUGUGGAAGGUUCAUUCGGAUGAUGCCACGGCAUGUGCUUUGGAAAUGAACCAGAAAUACAUUAAGGAGUCCUGUCCCCAAGGGUGGAUGUGUCUGUUCAUGUUGUGGCCGAGCGCUCACGCUGCGCGAGUCAAGUCGAACUUGGACGAGUGUUUCGACACCAAGGCAAGUGUGAAGAUGCCAAUAUCGAUGCGACAGGCGGUGUUCGAUAGCUGGUAUGAAAAGGAGUUGGGGAAAGAGGCCGCUGAGGUGAGGCAAAAUCUGAUGGUAUUCCUCUUCACGCUGACUCUGCCUGUGGUUUGGAUAAGUUGGUUGAGCACGCGCUCUCGGUGAUUAUCAUUAUGAUGGACAAUAGUAGAAUAGUGCCAAUGAAACGUAGAAGAAGGCUCUACUAUAUUAGCGAAUAAUAAUGUGCAACAUUCACUGACUUCUGUGUGGCCGACGCUGACGGUAGAAAUUAUCCGUAGAGUUUCCAGCU